UACCCCCUCCCCUCUCCCGGACGCCUGGGUCCCCUGAGAGCCACCAGCUGCGCCCCCUCCCUCCCCGGACGCCUGGGUCCCCCCCCGAACGCCUGGGUCCCUCCGGCUGUAGCUGAGCAGCGGGAUUAUCCCCUCCCCCCACCCCCAAUAAUCCGGCAUCUGGGGGGGAUUAGGGCCCCCCCCCUUUAAUUCCCGACUCCCCCCCCCCCCCCGUAAUUAACAGCUGCUUUUAAUUGGGGGGGGGGCUGGGGGAUUAUGGGAGUUCGGCUCAGAUAAGUGAGGGGGGGACCCAGGCGUCCGGGAAGGACCCAGGAGUUCGGGGAGGGGGGGAGGACCCAGGCGUCCGGGCCCCCUUUCCCCCCCCACUCUAUCCCCUAAGCAUCUGGAGGGGACCCAGGCGUCCGGCUCCCCCCCCCUCCCACUCUAUCCCCUGAGCAUCUGGCUCUCAGGGGACCCAGGCGUUCGGGAGGGGACCCAGGCGUCCGGCCCCCCCCCCCCCCCCCCCACUUCCCUCUCUAUCCCCUAAGCAUCUGGAGGGGACCCAGGCGUCCGGGGAGGGAGGGGGGAGAGAGGAGGGGGCAGCUGGUGGCUCUCAGGGGACCCAGGCAUUCGGGAGGGGACCCAGGCGUUCGGGAAGGGACCCAGGCGUCCUGGAGGGACCCAGGUGAGCGGGACAGGGGGGUCCCAGGCGUUCGGGAGGGGGGACCCAGGCGUCCGGGUGACCCCCAAGUCCUCACCCUUAUCCUAUGGGGGGACCCAUAGAGUUCCCCCCACCCCACAUUGGGUGCCCCCCCCAUUGGGUCCCCACCCCAUAGAUUGUCCCCCAUUGGGUUCCCACCCCAUAGAUUGUCCCCCGUUGAGUUCCCACCCUAUAGAUUGUCCCCCCCAUUGGGUUCCCACCCCAUAGAUUGUCCCCCCAUUGGGUUCCCACCCCAUAGAUUGUCCCCCCAUUGAUUCCCCAUUGGGUUCCCACCCCAUAGAUUGUCCCCCCAUUGGGUUCCCACCCCAUAGAGUGUCCCCCACUGAUUCCCCAUUGGGUUCCCACCCCAUAGAGUGUCCCCCACUGAUUCCCCAUUGGGUUCCCACCCCAUAGAGUGUCCCCCAUUGAUUCCCCAUUGGGUUCCCACCCCAUAGCUUCUCCCCCAUUGCGUUCCACCCCAUAGCUUCUCCCCCAUUGACUUCUCAUUGGGUUCCCACCCCAUAGAGUGUCCCCCAUUGAUUCCCCAUUGGGUUCCCACCCCAUAGAGUGUCCCCCAUUGAGUUCCCCAUUGGGUUCCCACCCCAUAGAGUGUCCCCCAUUGAGUUCCCCAUUGGGUUCCCACCCCAUAGAGUGUCCCCCAUUGAUUCCCCAUUGGGUUCCCACCCCAUAGAGUGUCCCCCAUUGAUUCCCCAUUGGGUUCCCACCCCAUAGAGUGUCCCCCAUUGAUUCCCCAUUGGGUUCCCACCCCAUGGAGUGUCCCCCAUUGAUUCCCUGUUGGGUUCCCACCCCAUAGCUUCUCCCCCAUUGCGUUCCACCCCAUAGCUUCUCCCCCAUUGACUUCCCAUUGGGUUCCCACCCCAUAGAGUGUCCCCCACUGAUUCCCCAUUGGGUUCCCACCCCAUAGAGUGUCCCCCAUUGAUUCCCCAUUGGGUUCCCACCCCAUAGAGUGUCCCCCAUUGGGUUCCCCAUUGGGUUCCCACCCCAUAGAGUGUCCCCCAUUGACUUCCCAUUGGGUUCCCACCCCAUAGAGUGUCCCCCAUUGAGUUCCCCAUUGGGUUCCCACCCCAUAGAGUGUCCCCCACUGAUUCCCCAUUGGGUUCCCACCCCAUAGAGUGUCCCCCCAUUGAGUUCCCAAUUGGGUUCCCACCCCAUAGAGUGUCCCCCCACUGAUUCCCCAUUGGGUUCCCACCCCAUAGCUUCUCCCCCAUUGAUUCCCCAUUGGGUUCCCACCCCAUAGAGUGUCCCCCAUUGAUUCCCCGUUGGGUUCCCACCCCAUAGCUUCUCCCCCAUUGCGUUCCACCCCAUAGCUUCUCCCCCAUUGACUUCCCAUUGGGUUCCCACCCCAUAGAGUGUCCCCCAUUGAGUUCCCCAUUGGGUUCCCACCCCAUAGAGUGUCCCCCACUGAUUCCCCAUUGGGUUCCCACCCCAUAGAGUGUCCCCCCAUUGACUCCCCAUGGGGUUCCCACCCCAUAGCUUCUCCCCCAUUGACUUCCCAUUGGGUUCCCACCCCAUGGAGUGUCCCCCAUUGAUUCCCCAUUGGGUUCCCACCCCAUAGGGUGCCCCCCAUUGGGUUCCCCAUAGGGUUCCCACCCCAUAGAGUGUCCCCCACUGAUUCCCCAUUGGGUUCCCACCCCAUAGAGUGUCCCCCAUUGAGUUCCCCAUUGGGUUCCCACCCCAUAGCUUCUCCCUCAUUGCGUUCCACCCCAUAGCUUCUCCCCCAUUGACUUCCCAUUGGGUUCCCACCCCAUAGAGUGUCCCCCAUUGAGUUCCCCAUUGGGUUCCCACCCCAUAGAGUGUCCCCCACUGAUUCCCCAUUGGGUUCCCACCCCAUAGAGUGUCCCCCCAUUGACUCCCCAUGGGGUUCCCACCCCAUAGCUUCUCCCCCAUUGACUUCCCAUUGGGUUCCCACCCCAUGGAGUGUCCCCCAUUGAUUCCCCAUUGGGUUCCCACCCCAUAGGGUGCCCCCCAUUGGGUUCCCCAUAGGGUCCCCACCCCCCAGCGCGUCCCCCCCUAACUCCACGUCCCCCCCCAGCCAUGCGCCUCCUCGCCCUCCUCACCAUCACCCUCACCCUCCACCGGCCCCACGGCGUCCCCCCGGCCCCCACCCAGCCCCACGCCAUCCGCUUGGAGGGCGACUUAACCUUGGGGGGGCUGUUCCCCGUCCACGCUCGGGGCCCCCCGGGGGUGCCCUGCGGGGGGGUGCGCAAAGAGCAAGGGACCCAUAGAUUGACCCCAUUGAUUCCCCAUUGGGUUCCCACCCCAUAGAGUGUCCCCCAUUGAGUUCCCCAUUGGGUUCCCACCCCAUAGAGUGUCCCUCAUUGAGUUCCCCAUUGGGUUCCCACCGCAUAGCUUCUCCCCCAUUGACUUCCCAUUGGGUUCCCACCCCAUAGAGUGUCCCCCAUUGAUUCCCCAUUGGGUUCCCACCCCAUAGAGUGUCCCCCAUUGAUUCCCUGUUGGGUUCCCACCCCAUAGCUUCUCCCCCAUUGCGUUCCACCCCAUAGCUUCUCCCCCAUUGACUUCCCAUUGGGUUCCCACCCCAUAGAGUGUCCCUUAUUGAGUUCCCCAUUGGGUUCCCACCCCAUAGAGUGUCCCCCAUUGAGUUCCCCAUUGGGUUCCCACCCCAUAGAGUGUCCCCCAUUGACUUCCCAUUGGGUUCCCACCCCAUAGAGUGUCCCCCCAUUGAGUUCCCCAUUGGGUUCCACCCCAUAGAGUGUCCCUCAUUGAGUUGCCCAUUGGGUUCCCACCCCAUAGAAUGUCCCCCAUUGAUUCCCCAUUGGGUUCCCACCCCAUGGAGUGUCCCCCAUUGAGUUCCCCAUUGGGUUCCCACCCCAUAGCUUAUCCCCCAUUGACUUCCCAUUGGGUUCCCACCCCAUAGAGUGUCCCCCAUUGAUUCCCCAUUGGGUUCCCACCCCAUAGAGUGUCCCCCAUUGAUUCCCCAUUGGGUUCCCACCCCAUAGCUUCUCCCCCAUUGAGUUCCACCCCAUAGCUUCUCCCCCAUUGAUUCCCCAUUGGGUUCCCACCCCAUAGAGUGUCCCCCAUUGAUUCCCCAUUGGGUUCCCACCCCAUAGGGUGCCCCCCAUUGGGUUCCCCAUAGGGUCCCCACCCCCCAGCGCGUUCCCCCCCUAACUCCACGUCCCCCCCCAGCCAUGCGCCUCCUCGGCCUCCUCACCAUCACCCUCACCCUCCACCGGCCCCACGGCGUCCCCCCGGCCCCCACCCAGCCCCACGCCAUCCGCUUGGAGGGCGACUUAACCUUGGGGGGCCUGUUCCCCGUCCACGCUCGGGGCCCCCCGGGGGUGCCGUGCGGGGGGGUGCGCAAAGAGCAAGGGACCCAUAGAUUGGCCCCAUUGAUUCCCCAUUGGGUUCCCACCCCAUAGAGUGUCCCCCAUUGAGUUCCCCAUUGGGUUCCCACCCCAUAGAGUGUCCCCCAUUGAGUUCCCCAUUGGGUUCCCACCCCAUAGCUUCUCCCCCAUUGACUUCCCAUUGGGUUCCCACCCCAUAGAGUGUCCCCCAUUGAUUCCCCAUUGGGUUCCCACCCCAUAGAGUGUCCCCCAUUGAUUCCCCAUUGGGUUCCCACCCCAUAGAGUGUCCCCCAUUGAUUCCCUGUUGGGUUCCCACCCCAUAGCUUCUCCCCCAUUGCGUUCCACCCCAUAGCUUCUCCCCCAUUGACUUCCCAUUGGGUUCCCACCCCAUAGAGUGUCCCCCACUGAUUCCCCAUUGGGUUCCCACCCCAUAGAGUGUCCCCCACUGAUUCCCUAUUGGGUUCCCACCCCAUAGAGUGUCCCCCAUUGAUUCCCCAUUGGGUUCCCACCCCAUAGAGUGUCCCCCAUUGAGUUCCCCAUUGGGUUCCCACCCCAUAGAGUGUCCCCCAUUGAUUCCCCAUUGGGUUCCCACCCCAUAGGGUGCCCCCCAUUGGGUUCCCCAUAGGGUCCCCACACCACAGCGCGUCCCCCCCUAACUCCACGUCCCCCCCCAGCCAUGCGACUCCUCGCCCUCCUCACCAUCACCCUCACCCUCCACCGGCCCCACGGCGUCCCCCCGGCCCCCACCCAGCCCCACGCCAUCCGCUUGGAGGGCGACUUAACCUUGGGGGGGCUGUUCCCCGUCCACGCUCGGGGCCCCCCGGGGGUGCCGUGCGGGGGGGUGCGCAAAGAGCAAGGGACCCAUAGAUUGGCCCCAUUGAUUCCCCAUUGGGUUCCCACCCCAUAGAGUGUCCCCCAUUGAGUUCCCCAUUGGGUUCCCACCCCAUAGAGUGUCCCCCAUUGAGUUCCCCAUUGGGUUCCCACCCCAUAGCUUCUCCCCCAUUGACUUCCCAUUGGGUUCCCACCCCAUAGAGUGUCCCCCAUUGAUUCCCCAUUGGGUUCCCACCCCAUAGAGUGUCCCCCAUUGAUUCCCCAUUGGGUUCCCACCCCAUAGAGUGUCCCCCAUUGAUUCCCUGUUGGGUUCCCACCCCAUAGCUUCUCCCCCAUUGCGUUCCACCCCAUAGCUUCUCCCCCAUUGACUUCCCAUUGGGUUCCCACCCCAUAGAGUGUCCCCCAUUGAGUUCCCCAUUGGGUUCCCACCCCAUAGAGUGUCCCCCACUGAUUCCCCAUUGGGUUCCCACCCCAUAGAGUGUCCCCCCAUUGACUCCCCAUGGGGUUCCCACCCCAUAGCUUCUCCCCCAUUGACUUCCCAUUGGGUUCCCACCCCAUGGAGUGUCCCCCAUUGAUUCCCCAUUGGGUUCCCACCCCAUAGGGUGCCCCCCCAUUGGGUUACCCAUAGGGUCCGCACCCCACAGCGCGUCCCCCCCUAACUCCACGUCCCCCCCCAGCCAUGCGCCUCCUCGCCCUCCUCACCAUCACCCUCACCCUCCACCGGCCCCACGGCGUCCCCCCGGCCCCCACCCAGCCCCACGCCAUCCGCUUGGAGGGCGACUUAACCUUGGGGGGGCUGUUCCCCGUCCACGCUCGGGGCCCCCCGGGGGUGCCCUGCGGGGGGGUGCGCAAAGAGCAAGGGAUCCACCGCUUGGAGGCCAUGCUGUACGCCCUGGACCGGGUCAACGGGGACCCCCGGCUGCUCCCCAACGUCACUUUGGGGGCGCGCAUCCUGGACACGUGCUCGCGCGACACCUACGCGCUGGAACAAGCGUUGGCCUUCGUCAGUAACUUCGUCACGGCCGCCGCGGGGGCGGGGGGACAAGGGACAUGUCCCGACGGGUCCCCCCCCCGGCGCGACCCACCCGAAAGGUUGGUGGGGGUGAUCGGCGCCUCGGCGAGUUCCGUGUCCAUCAUGGUGGCCAAUGUGUUGAGGCUCUUUGCGAUCCCCCAAAUCAGCUACGCCUCCACGGCCCCCGAGCUGAGCGACCCCCGGCGCUACGAGUUCUUCUCGCGGGUGGUGCCCCCCGACUCGUGCCAGGCCCGGGCCAUGGUGGGGGUCGUGCGGGCCCUGGGCUGGAGUUACGUGGCCACCGUGGCCUCCGAGGGGAGUUACGGGGAGAGCGGGGUCGAGGCCUUUGUGCAGAGCUCCCGCGAGGCCGGCGGGCUCUGCAUCGCCCAGUCCAUCAAGAUCCCACGGGAACCGGCGCCCGAGGAGUUCGCCAAGGUGGUGGGGCGGCUGAUGGAGACGUCGACGGCGCGGGGGGUGGUGCUGUUCGCCAACGAGGACGACAUCCGGCGCCUCCUGGAGGCCGUGGCAGCCGCCAACCUCUCGGGCCACUUCUCGUGGGUCGGAUCCGACAGUUGGGGGGCGAAACCGGGACCAGUUGUGGGGCUGGAGGACGCGGCGCGGGGGGCCAUCACCAUCCUGCCCAAGCGCCUCAGCGUCCCCGGUUUCGACGAGUACUUCACGUCACGCUCAUUGGAGAACAACCGGCGCAACCUCUGGUUCCACGAGUUCUGGGAGGAGGAUUUCAACUGCCGCCUGCCCCAUAGCGAUGUGGGGCAGCCCCACGGUGGCCCCGCUGGCCCCAUCCGCAAGUGCACGGGUCGGGAGCGGAUCGGGCGCGAUUCACCCUACACGCAAGAGGGGAAGGUCCAAUUCGUCAUCGACGCCGUCUUGGCCAUGGCCCAUGGGCUGCACAGUUUAAUGGGGGAGGCCUGUCCGGGGGGGGGUCUGUGCCCCAAAAUGGACCCCCCCGACGGGCGGAAACUGCUCCAGCACAUCCGCAGAGUGGCCUUCAACGGCAGUGCGGGGACACCAGUGACGUUCAACGAGAACGGGGACGCCCCCGGGCGCUACGACAUCUUCCAGUUCCAGGGCGGCAAUGGCAGCGGCUCCUAUAGGGCCGUGGGGCAGUGGGUCGAGGGGCUGCGGCUCUGGGCCGAAUCCCUCGACUGGGGCACCAACAGCUCGUCCCCGCCCCCCUCGGUCUGCAGCCUCCCCUGCGGCCGCGGCGAGAAGAAGACGCCGGUCAAGGGCGUCCCGUGCUGUUGGCACUGCGAGGCCUGCAGGGGGUACCUGUACCGCGCCGACGUCCACACGUGUCACCCCUGCCCCGCCCACCUCCGCCCCACCCCCGACCACACCUCCUGCCGCCCCACCCCCGUCUUACGCCUGCGUUGGGGCGACCCGUUGGCCGCCGUCCCCUUGGCGUUGGCCACCUUGGGCCUGGUGGCCACGGCCGUGGUGCUGGUGACCUUCGUGAAGCACCACGAGACGCCCAUCGUGAAGGCGUCGGGGCGGGAGCUGAGCUACGUGCUGCUGGCGGGGAUCGCCAUGGUCUACGGGAUCACGUUCGUCAUGGUGGCCGAGCCGGGGGUGGCGGUGUGCGCCGUCAGGAGGCUCUUCCUGGGGGCGGGGAUGACGCUGAGCUACGCCGCGCUGCUCACCAAGACCAAUCGCAUCUACCGCAUCUUCGAGCAGGGCAAACGCUCGGUGACGCCGCCGCGCUUCAUCAGCCCCACGUCGCAGCUGGCCAUCACCUUCACCCUGAGCGGCCUGCAGCUGGUGGCCGUGGCCCUUUGGCUCGUCCUGCGCCCGCCCCACGCGCUCGUGGACUACGACAUGGGCCGGACCCCCGACCCCGAGGACGCGCGGGGGGUCCUGCGGUGCGACAUGGCCGAAGGGGGGACCCUGGCGUGCUUGGCCUACGCUCUCCUGCUCAUGGUGACCUGCACGGUCUACGCGGUCAAGGCGCGGGGGGUCCCCGAGACCUUCAAUGAGGCCAAACCCAUUGGGUUCGCCAUGUACACCACGUGCGUGGUCUGGUUGGCCUUCGGGCCCAUCUUCUUCGGGGCCGCGCGGUCGGCCGAGAGGGUGCACGUGCAGACGGCGACGCUGACGGUGUCCAUGACGCUCUCGGCCUCCGUCCCCCUCGGUCUCCUCUGCCCCAAAGUUUACGUCAUUUUACUGCACCCCGAACGCAACCAACCCCGCAGACCCCGAAACGACCCCCCCCCAUAAGGGACCCAGGCGUCCGGGGGGGGACCCUGGCGUCCGGGAGGGACCCAGGCGUCCGGGAGAGCGACUUCCCCCCCAAUACCUCCCGAGUUGUUGUUGUAAUUAAAGUGUUUGUGCAGCCGGA